AUGGCCAAAGUCAAGAAGAAGGAAGUCGACGACUUCUCAAGCGGUAUCUUCGCAAGACUAACCGAGGAGUAUGGUCAGAGAUCUGCUGGUGAAGAGUUUGCAAACGACGUGACAAUCCUUUUUUGCGGAUCGAAGAAGUCUGGCAAAACUUCGUUGGUGGACCGAUUCAUUAAUCCCACGAAGGAUGAGAAGGACCAGCCCAAGGCAACAGUUGCUUUGGACUACAAGUUUGCUCGCUAUGCCACGGAGGGGUCGUCCUCCAAAGUGCUGGCGCACAUCUACGACCUCGGUGGAGACGAGGCAAAUGAGAACCUUCUUGGGGUACCCGUUUCCAAAGCAACUGUCGGCAAUCUAGUGCUGGCGAUAACGCUGGACCUGUCGGAGCCCCACAGUUGUGUUCCCAACUUGGAGAAGUGGUUGCAGCUUCUCCGAAGCCAUGUGGACAAGAGUUUGCAGGCACUAGCGCAGGAGAACCCGCCUGGCCUGCUGCACAUCGAUGCCCAGCGAGCGCUGCGCGCCAACUCCUAUGCGGAGCACCCAGAUCGUGGUUUCAUCACCCCAUUCCCGGUGCCUUUAGUGAUCUUCGGCACAAAGUGGGAUGUGCUGGCCUCCGAAGUUGACCCAGAGAAGCGGAAGAACCUCAGCAGAGCGCUUCGCCACUACGCUUUGGUUCAUGGCGCGCACCUAGUCUUGUGCUCUCUCAAGGAGAAAGCGUCGAUGAACGCCAUGCGGAGUGUCCUGCGACAGCUGCUCUUCGGCGUGGCCCCAAAAGGCGGCCUACCCGAGCAGCUGGACCACUCUAAGCCGGUGUGCGUGGCCGCUGGGAAGGACUCAGUUCAAAGCAUUGGCCUUCCGUCCAGUGGCCAGGCAAGCGAAAGGGCUUGGCGUGAAUUUAUGCAGCAUCUCUUCCCUGACCCCUCGUUCCAGCCUUGGAAGCGUGUUCAGCAAGAUUGCUUAAGGUGCUUUUGA